CCCCUCUUUCAAUUCUGCUUCCUGCAUUCUUCACAAUGAACCUCACAACAACCACAUCCUGCAUUUCUCAACAUUUUUUACUAAGAGGAAGCUCCAUCUUCCUCUUCUUCUCACAACAUUUCUUUCGUGCAAUUUAUCAAACACUAGUGCUGCAUUGUUGAUGGCUCAAGAGUUGGAUUUAGAGCUUCACAGAUACACUGAUUCGAAGGAAGGUUUCACUCUUCUUAUAACCUCUUCUUGGACUAAGGAAUCCAAGAAAGAAGAAGAAGAGAAAAUCAAGAAAGAGAAGAAGAAGAAGAAAUAGGAAACCAAGAAAGAAGAAGAAGAAAGAGAAGAAGAAGAAUGAGUGACGAGCAAUCAGAUUUUGCAAUGAUGAAUCCAUGGGAUAUCAGAGACCCGUGCGAUAUGAUAGACUUUGAUGCCGAGGAUGAAGCACCGCAGUUUCGGUUUUUGUCGACGACGAUAGAGGCAGAUGUGUUGAGGAUGAUAGAGGCAGAGCUUUUUGUCGACGACGACAAUGUGGGUGGUAAUCCGCCGCCUCAGCCCCAGCCGGAUUGGGAUAUGGAGAAGAUGUUAGAGCUGAUUGCCGGCGACGUCGGUGGUCAUCAACCACUUCAACCUCAACCUCAGUCCAACCUGCACUCAGAUAAAAGGAAUAUGACAGAGCAGUUGGAUAAUCAACCACCUCGUUCUUGGAACGACAACAAGGAGAACACGAAGAAGAGAAGAAGAAGAAGAAGGAGUGAAGAGCAAUCAGAUUCUGCAAUGAUGAAUCCGUGGGAUAUGAUAGACUUUGAUGUCGAUGAAGCACCGCAGUUUCAGUUUGAGUGUCCGCCUCUGCCUGAGCCCGUCUGGAAUGGGGACGAAAACAAUGUAGGUGAGCCGUGUGCCAUGGACGUGAGUGGUAAUCAACCACCUCAGCCGGUUAUUGAUUCGUGUUUCCCGGAAGCUAUGAAGAGGACAGAGCACUACUGGGGAAGCCAACCACUUCAGUCUCAGCCUGAGCCAUGUGCCAUGGACGUGAGUGGUAAUGAACCACCUCAGCCAGUUAUUAAUUCGUGUUUCCCGGAAGUUAUGAAGAGGACAGAGUACUAUUGGGGAAGCCCAUUAUCUGGUUCUCAACCACUUCAGUCUCAGUCUCAGUCUCAGUCACGUGCCAUUGACGUGUGUGGUAAUCAACCACUUCAGUCUCACCCUCAAUCUCAGACGGAUAUAGUAAGGACGCUGACGGAUGAGUUUUUCGCUGACACGUGUGGUUAUCCACCACCUCAGCCUCAGACUGAGUGGGAUACCAGUAGGAACAUGUUAGAGCUGAUUCCCAAUGUCGGUGCUCAUCCUCAACCUCAACCUCCGGUCUGGACUUGGGAGGAGAAUAAAGCAUUUGAGUCAAUUAUUACCAGUUGUUUUCAGGAUGAUAUCCAGAACCGCUGGGAGGACGUGGCUGCUCGUCUCCCCGGCAGGACCCCGACACAGCUGCAAGAACGCUUUCAGAAGCUGAUGAACGACAUCAAUAACAUGACCAUCAUGAUGGAACACAACCCUCUCUCCAUCCCUAUCAAUGCAACAACACCAUUACACCACCACCACCAUCACACCCUUAUUCCACUCAUCAUCAUCACGGGGAGGAGCUCGUGCCAGCUGCAGAGGAGGAGGUAGUGCCAACUGAACAAGAGGAGGCAGCACCAACAAAGACAGGAUAUCAUUGGACCGAAGAUGAACAUAGAAAGUGUGCCCUAAUUCAAGCUUUUUAACGGAUGGAGGAUUUGCUUAAAGGAGGAAGAACAUGUAAAUGGUCUAAAGAUUU